CUACGACGUCGAAUACACGAAUCCUCUUAACCGGCAAGAUCUGUCUCAACCAACUGUCACCGUUUAGCAUCGAAUCCACAUCCUCAAGAAAACUCUCAAGUCUUUCCUCCUCCUCCUCGUCCUCGACCACCACCACCACCACCACCACCACCACCAAACCAACAGCCUCCUCUCAAAAUGAAUAAACCACCGCAUCUCCUCCUCCCUCUCGUCCUCCUCUCCCUCCUCUCCCUCCUCUCCCUCUCCACCGCCGAGAUCAAAACUCUAUCAAUCACCAACGACGCACGCGCCAUGAUCCUCUUCGAAAAAUUCGGCUUCACGCCAACUGGACACGUGAACAUCUCUGUACACUCCGUCUCCGUUGCCUCUUCUGUCAACGCUCCAAAUCCCGUCUCUUCACGCCUCGGUUUUUUUCUCCUUUCCGAAGAAUCUCGCCUUCAAGUCAUCCUCGAGAUCCAAGAAAACCCUAACUUCUGCGUUCUCGAUUCUCACUACAUUCUAUCUCUCUUCACUUUCCGUGAUCUCUCACCGCCUCCGCUCUCGUCUUUUAACCAAUCUUAUCCAGUCACUGCUCCAAAUGAGUACUUACUCUUCUUCGCCAAUUGCGCGCCGGAAACGCGCGUGUCCAUGUCCGUAAAGACUCAGGUGUAUAAUUUAGACCGCGACGGGUCUAAGGAUUAUCUUUCUGCAGGGUUAACGCAAUUGCCUUCGUUAUUCUUUCUUUAUUUCCUUGCUUAUGCUGCAUUUUUAGGGUUAUGGAUUUAUGUUUGUUAUAACAAUAAAAGAUCUGUUCACCGGAUCCAUUUAUUAAUGGGUGGGUUGUUACUUAUGAAGGCUCUUAAUUUGAUUUGUGCCGCUGAGGAUAAGCAUUAUGUGAAGGUUACCGGGACUCCACACGGUUGGGAUGUGUUGUUUUACAUUUUCCAGUUUAUUCGUGUGGUUUUGUUGUUCACUGUUAUAGUUUUGAUUGGGACUGGUUGGUCAUUUUUGAAGCCGUUUUUGCAAGAGAAGGAGAAGAAGGUGCUGAUGGUUGUGAUUCCACUUCAGGUCUUGGCUAAUAUAGCUUCCGUUGUGAUUGGUGAAACUGGUCCCUUUAUUAAGGAUUGGGUAACUUGGAAUCAGGUGUUUUUAUUGGUUGAUAUUAUUUGUUGUUGCGCUAUUAUUUUCCCAAUCGUGUGGUCGAUUAGGUCGUUGAGAGAGAAUUCGAAGACGGAUGGGAAGGCUGCUAGGAAUCUGGCGAAAUUGCAGUUAUUUAGACAGUUUUAUAUUGUGGUUAUUGGGUACUUGUAUUUCACAAGGAUUGUGGUGUUUGCAUUGAAGACGAUUGCAGCUUACAAGUAUCAGUGGGUGAGUAAUGCUGCUGAGGAGACUGCUAGUUUGUUGUUUUAUGUGGUGAUAUUUUAUAUGUUCAGGCCCGUGGAGAAGAAUGAGUACUUUGUUCUUGACGAGGAGGAGGAGGAAGCUGCAGAGUUGGCUUUGAGGGAUGAAGAAUUUGAGCUUUGAAAUGGAUCGGAAGUGAUGGUGAUUUGACUGCCGCAAAUGCAAUGUUUUGUUGGUGGUUUACUGGAUGUGCUGAUUGGGACAGGUCUGACACUGCAGCUGCUACUCGUAUAUUACCUUUAGUUUUUUUCAAUUUCGUUUUCCUGCUAUAGAAACUUUGAUAUUUACUGAGUAGUGGCUGUAUUUUUGGUUAAUGGAUUUUCCUUGUUGUAAGUUGAUAAUUACCUGUGCACUUUAUAUGUUGUGUCAAAAUGAAAUGUCAUGCAUUCUGUUAUUAUGGAACUA